AUGACUUCAACACAGACACAGACCGUGCAAAAGGGCCCUGCCACUGAGGUCGCUGACACGCGCCAACAAAAGACACCAUUACAAUUAAUUUCCCAAGGUGUCAGCCUGCCUGGAAUCCCACGGCAUCCGACUUUCGCUGCUCAGCGGAAAUGGAUUCUAGAGCAAAUGGCACUUGCAUUCAGGGUGUUUGCACGAAAGGACUAUACUGAUGGGAUGGCCGGGCACAUUUCUGUCCGCGAUCCCGAGAACCCUCACACAUUUUGGACGAACCCACUGGCUGUGCACUUUGGGAUAUUAAAGGCGAGCGAUAUGAUCCUGGUCAACUACGAGGGUGUCCCAAUUGGAGGCAAUAUGAGCCUACCAGCUAAUGCUGCCGGGUUUUUCAUUCACAGUGCGGUGCAUAAAGCCAGACCUGAUGUCGAUGCUGCCUGCCACACCCAUAGUCCGCAUGGAAUGGCAUGGAGUGCUUUCGGUCGACCACUGGAAAUGUUAACGCAGGACGCUGCUUACCUCUACGGCGAUGCGCAGGCUGUUUAUAAGGAUUUCGGAGGCGUUGUGCUCACAGAAGAAGAGGGCAAUAAAAUCGGAGAUGCUCUGGGAGCGAAAGGAAAAGGCAUGAUCCUACAGAACCACGGUCUCCUAACAGUAGGAUCCACAGUCUCGGAGGCCUGCUUCUUGAUGACCCUCAUGGAGCGUGCCUGUCAGUGCCAGCUACUUGCCGAGGCUGCCGAAGCAAAUGGCCUGAAAAAGGUGUAUAUCCCGGAGGAGAGUGCAAGAUAUACGUUUGAGAAUUCGAGUGAUGCCGAAACGCUGUAUUGGGAGGGUCAGCCAGACCUCCAGUUUGAGGAAUACAUGAGCAAGGGGGAACAUCGGGAGUGA